AUGUCUGGAGAAUCACUGCGGUAUCGUACUCGAGUUAUGAUGCCUGAGGGCCCACCAGCCACCCAUGGCUCUCGCACAAUGACAAUACACCCUGAAGAAGUUGCUGAACAAGGUGUUGGUGGUGAAGGCUCAAGUAGCAACGCAGAGGAACCUAUUAUUUCUGGUACUUUGAAACUAUGUGGUGGUAAUGAGAACCGAAAUGUGCAAUGGGAAGACGACGUGGUUGACAACGAAAAAUUAGGAAAAAAGAAAUCUAAAGUAUGUUGUAUAUACCAUAAGCCACGGGCAUUUGAUGAGUCCUCAUCAGAAUCAAGUAGUAGUGACAGUUCAGAAGAUGAAGAGGGCUCGAAUCAUAAUCACCACCACCAUCAUCAUCGUUCCAAUAAACGGUCAAGUCGUGAUCGAAGUGACAGUCCGAAUGCGUAUGAACGUCAACCACAAUAUAAAAGUCGCCCACAACCAGAUAAUCUAACAUCAUGA